UGUUUCGCCCAUCAAGCAAGGAGUUAGGGGGUAAACAGAGGACAAAAGGGUGGACAAUCUCGAAGAAAUUCGUUUUUGUAUGGAGGUCAGUGAGUUUAGAAUUUGGUCAACGAAAAAAACUGUUGCUACGUGAGAUUUAUAUGAUCGAUUAGAAGUUUCACACGGCUUAAGCUGUUACAAGUUACUGAUAUAUGUAGGACACGUGACAUCCCGGGCAACUUUUAGAAAAAAACACUUUAUUUUGGAGUUGUCUUGAGUUGGCUAUGCAUAUUCAUGUCAUGAGGCCAGCAUCUCUGUCCAUUGUUUACAGGUGGUUAACGUUAACAACCCUCAUCGAAUAUUUACAAUACAGAAGUUACCACCAAACCAAAGAAAGGAUAGGCGGGUGCUGGACAGGCCGCCGUGCCGCUUUGUGAACAACGACUCCCUAGGGCGGAGCGACGGUUUAUAACCUUUGGUGAAAUUGACCAAAUACUAUAGCGGCCGCUCUUAACAAUGAAAAUAAUGGAAGACAGUUUGGAGGAGGCAAGAUCAGGUGGGACCAUUCCAGCCAAUGAGAGGGCAGAUACGCAGGACCACGACGGUUUCCACUAGUUACCACAGCCACAAAGUAGAACAUAUUUAAAUUUCACGAAAACAAAAAUUAAUUCAUCCUCGUGGCAAUAUUGGGGAAAACAACUAAAACAAUAUCUUACAAACAUUAUUUUUUAUUUGCUGAUUGUAAUAAUUUUGGAAAGGAAUGAAUGGAUGGCAUAUGUCCCACUGAAAGAAUAAACCAAGGACAAGGUUCCCGCCCACCAGCCUAAAGCAAGGGAGAGAGAAAGGGAAGGGGGAGAAUGGUGCAGAUCGCUUAGCAACGUGGACGCUUGGUCCUCAACCGGAUACGAGCACAGGACUUCAGUCGAAAAGCUGAAGGAUUUUACAACAUCUAGCUAAAACCUAGCUAAAACAGUAUCUCAAAACUUGAGCGAUGGAGAGAAUAUGUCUUGACAAGACUGCAUCUAAGGCAGUGGACGACUAUCUGGAGUACAGGAGGAUCGUGGGUGAAGACGAUGGCGGCAGACUAUUCUCCCCAGAGGAAUAUGAAGAGUACAAGAGAGCAGUGUUUCCCCAGAGACUACACAACAGGCUGUAUGUGAGCUUUGGAGUGCCAGGGGGAAUAGACUGUAAACUCAUCGGCCCAGAGACACCUUGCUUCUGCACACACAGGUACAAACAGCAUCAGACAGACUUUGAGGAGGUUCCUUCGGAGCGCCCGAUAGCACUACCAUGCCGAGUUCAAGGGUGUCGGUGUUUGGCCUUUCAGUACGUGCACCUGAACGGGUCGCAGCCUGUACGUUGCAGGUGCAAACACUCUGCCUAUGACCACAGUGAGACCUCAGAACACCUCUGUGGGAAAUGCUCAUCCUGCUCUGGGUUCCGGAGCCCCUACAGCUGUGGGUGUGGCCAGCCUAGCUUCGCCCACCAGACGCUGGUCGAGACGAAGGCAGAACGGGAGGCCCGGGGUUGUCCGGUGGGCAGAGACGUUCCAUACGCAGCCAUGGGGGGUCUGACAGGGUUCAGCUCCCUGGCUGACGGGUACCUGAGACUGGACGAUAGCGGGGCAGGUGCCCCUCACCUGUCUGUUCUGUCAUCUCAACAACCAAGAGCUUUCCAGGAGCAUGUGUUUGAGAAAGCCUCAGGACCAGCAGCAGCCUCAGGACCAGCAGCAGCCUCAGGACCAGCAGCAGCCUCCGGACAUACAGAGGAGAGUUCAGUGACGUCCGUGACCAGGGCUCUGUCUGACCUCAGCACCAGAGAGGAAGAAGACAUGGCGUACUUGGAGAGACGCUACCAGGACAGGAUGAAGGCUGAGAAAAUGGCAGUCAAACAGAAGGCAUCAUCAUCAAGAGGAAGACCAUCCACCAAACCAGCCAGCCUACCAUCCACCAAACCAACCACCUCCCUAUGCAGUAAGCAACCUACCAAACAGCCUACCAAAUAAUUGACCAAACUGGAGAAGAGGACGAACAGUUAGCUAACACACUUAGUUUAAUGAGGCAUUCCAUUCCACACAGAUAAUGAUAUAAUUGCACUAUGGAUAAUAGAUAAUCAAACAGUCCCACCUGGGAAAAUGAUCAUUAGAUCAUAAACAUCAAGGCUUUUGUGAUGUUUCCAAGAUCAAUUGACAAUAAAUGUUCAAAUCCACCUUCCA